AUGGCCGUCUCUGAUGCUGAAAAUGCUCGCCCUGACGACGUUGCCAUCAUUGGCCUUGCUUUCCGUGGCCCCGGCGAUGCCUCGAGCCCCGAGAACCUCUGGGACCUGCUAGUCGCCGGCCGCUCCGCCUUUUCCACCGUUCCCCGGAGCAAGUGGUCCCAUGAUGGCCAUUACCACCCAUCUCCAGCAAGAGGAGGCAGCACCUCUGCCAACGGCGGCCACUUCCUCGACACCGCCCAGGAUGGCGCCAAAUUCGACGCUGCCUUCUUCGACAUUGCCCGUUCCGAGCUGCUUUCCAUGGAUCUCCAGCAACGCAUUGUCCUGGAAAGUGUUUACGAGGCCAUCGAGAAUGCCGGCUUCGCCCUGGACCGCGUGAGAGGCUCCAAAACAAGCGUCUUUGCAGCCGCUACCAACGAUGAUACUCGUGCUAUUCUUGCCAUGGACCCCGACCUUGCUUUGGAACACAAGCACACGGGAACCUCAAAUGCUAUCAUCGCCAACCGAUCUGUCGUUUGCGGCGUCAAUGUCAUUGAAUCUCCAGAGUCAAUGUACGCCAUGGAUCGGAGUCAGAAGGCUCAAGAGGAAUUGAUUAAGCAGGUCCAUGCUUCUGCUAAUCUGGAUCUCAACACAACCGCUUUCGUAGAGGCUCAUGCUGUCGGCAACCCUACUGCUGAUGCGGAAGAAGCAGGAGCGAUCGCUAGCGUCUGGAAGGACCGGUCAGACCCACUAUUUGUUGGAGCCGCAAAAGCAAACCAUGGCCAUCUUGAAGGCGCCUCCGGAAUUGCCUCAAUCAUCAAAGUCGUCCUAGCUCUGGAGAAGGGCAUUAUUCCUCAAAACAUCAAUUUCGAGAAAGCACACCCCCGAAUCAACACUGAGGAGUGGAACAUCAAGAUUUUCACCUGGUCAGCCAAAGACCAGGACGGCAUCAAAAGAUAUCUUUCAACCUACUCAGACCAUCUAACGUCCCUAUCGGCUGGAAACCGGCAUGCAUAUCUACGCGACCUGGCCUACACUCUUGCCGAGAGACGCACUCGCUUUCCAUGGAGCUUCGCGGUUGCCGCCGAGUCUGUCGAGGAAUUGAACGAGGCUAUUUCGGACCCCUCAGGAGCAGCUCGUCUCGUGAACCCUCCCAAUGUCGGCUUCCUGUUUACCGGCUCAGGGGCACAGUGCGUGUUCGAUGAACUCCUGAAGAGCGAGGAGGAGAGCAGAAUCGACGAGCCUUAUAUUGCACAAACACUGUGCACUGUAAUCCAGAUUGCUCUGGUCGACCUCUUGUCAUCGUGGGGCAUCACUCCUACCUACGUCCUUGGCCAUUCUACCGGAGAACCUGCAGCUGCCUAUUUGGGAAGUCCGGCCGGUGGCAAAGAUGCAACGUCGAAGUUUGAUGACGCUUUGCAGAGCUUAUGCUCGGCUUUGGUGAACGAUGAUUCGGCGUCGUCGAAGCUCGUAGAAAUUGGGCCUAAUUCGACGUUCGGAACCGCACUGGAGGAUGCUGUAGCUGACGAGCCCGCUUUUGAAAAAAUCGGAUAUCAGGCAGUCUUGCUCAAGAAGAAGCAUGCUGCAGCCACCCUGUUAUCCACAGUUGCCACACUGUUUGCAGACGGUUAUCCAGUGGACCUCCAGAGGAUCAACCACGGUGACGAAGAUCCCGAGCUCUUAGUAGAUCUCCCACCUUAUCCUUUCGAUCGCACUCAAGAGUUUUGGUGGGAGAGCCGACGGAGUAAACAGUGGCGUUUCCGAGAAUGGCCUCGGCACGAUAUUCUAGGGGCCCCAGUGCCGGACUGGAACGUUAAUGAGCCACAAUGGAGGAAUUCCAUCCGACUAUCGGAACUGCCCUGGCUCAAGGACUACAAGAUUACUGGACAUCAUGUACUUCCGGGUGAGACCUUCCUUGCUAUGGCCAUCGAAGGAGUCAAGCAACUCGUCUCAGGCAGGGGGGAAAUCGCCGGGUUCGACUUGCGAAACGUCAUCAUCUCCCACGCCCUCCUACUUGAUGAGGAUCAAGAAACGGAGGUGAUGCUCUCAAUGCGGAAAUCUGCCUCGGGGGUUGAUAUGUCCUGGGAUUUCGCUGUUUUCGGCUACAAGCAGAACACCUGGCUUGAAUGUUGUCGAGGCUCCGUCGCGGUUGAACUCGCGUUCAUGGCUGGCCCUGUCGACGCUGGCCGUGAAGUUGCUGAGCACAAGAAGCACUUCCGAGAAGUGCUUGAUCAGUGUGAAGUUGCCUGUCACAGCAAGAGAGACCUCCGCCGGCAAUACGCCGAACUCGAGCGAGUUGGCCUUGAGUUUGGACCACUGUUCCAGAACCUUUCAGACGUCAAGUGCGGGGAUCUCGAGGGGCCCGUCGGUCAAGCCAUCGCCACUCUCCGCGUUCCGGACGUUGCUAGCUCUUCGGCAAGGUCAUCUUCGCACAACAAGUUUAGUGCUGAUCAGAUCACAAUGUGGGAUGAGAAGAGCCGCCAUGCCAGAGUCAUCAUCAGAGGUCUCGAAAUAGGUCCUCUGCAAGAAUUUGCACUUAGAGAGGCUGGCCAGCGACAACUUUGCUUCAACGUCAGCUGGAAGCCAGACAUCGACUUGUUGGGAGAAGAGGUGCAGAACUGCUUCAGGGAGUCCCUGAAGGCUUUGGAGGAUGACGAUCCGACGAAUUUGAAGCGGAUUCAGGACCUCCAACUGGCUGCCGCCAUCUACAUCCUGGAAGCGGUCGAGCAUUUCGAUGACGAGAGUAAUCGACCCAAGGAACUGGCUCCUUACAAGCAGAAAUAUUUGGACUGGCUCCGCAUGCAAGCACGAAACUAUGAGAAGGAGCGCAUGGGACAUCAAACAGAGGAGUGGGAAGAACUAAGAAAGGACAAGACGCGAAGAGAUGCCUUUCUCAAAAACAUUGAGGACUCCGGGCCGGAAGGCAAAUUGACGGUGCGCAUGGGCAGCCACAUCAUCCCAACCCUAAAUGCCGAUCAAGAUGCGCUUCAUCUCAUGUUCAUGGACUCUCUUUUGGAGGAAUACUACAGUCAUAUGGUCGGCACGGAUAAAGUCCACGCGUUGCUCAGCGCUUAUCUGGACCUGUACAGUCAUAAGACCAGGGACCUACGGCGUUCGACCCGCCUCCGCAAGUACACGUUCACCGAUAUCUCAUCCGGCUCGUUUGAGAGAGCCCAAGUUAAGUUCACCAAAUGGAGAGAGGUGCUGGAGUUCAAGGCCUUGGAUAUCGAAAAAGAUCUCACUGGCCAGGGCUUUGAGGAAGUUGAAGGGACGUAUGACGUUGUCCUCGCGGCUAAUAUCCUCCACGCAACGUCGGACCUGUCCCUGGCCCUGGAAAACAUCUAUCGCCUUUUGAAGCCGGGUGGCAAGCUCAUCAUCCAAGAAUUCACUCAGCCAGAUUUUCUCCCAGGACCGCUCUCCUUCGGUCUUCUCCCGGAUUGGUGGCGGAGCACGGAGCCGAAUACCUUGAAUCCCGAUCUCCACGUCCAGAGUAUAAUCGUGGCCACAACACAGGAGGAGGAGAGGCCGCAACCGGAUAUCGAUAUCAGGAGGACGUUCGUUGUGACGUCUGGCAGGCCCGCUCUCCGAGAGCAACUAGUUGCGGAUAAUUUGGCUGCUCAGCUCAUGACCAUCCUCAAGGACGCCUGCUGUGUUGUGACGGUCGAGCUGGGCAACGCUCUUCUUGCAGGAGACAUCGAGUCCGAGGAGUGGACGGCCAUGCAGAAACUCCUGACGACGGCAAAUGGAGUAAUCUGGGCAACCAUGGACCCUGUUGAGAAUCCGAAGGUCGGCUUGUCUACUGGUCUGUUGCGCACGCUGCGGUGGGAAAGGGAGCAGGACGGGUCAUGCGACCUUACUACCGUUGCUUUCGAGGACUCGGAGAAGAACGAGAGCGAAAUGGCUCGCCACAUUAGGAGAAUAUACAGGCGGCACAUGGUUGAGGGGCGUGAUAAGAAUGCUGAGUACCUGAUUCGCGGGAACUUGGUCCGCACCAGCCGUUUGGUUGAGGCGUCGUAUGCGAACGACUUCAUCAGCACCAGCUGCGCCAAGCCCGUUCCCCAGCCUCAGCCUUUUAACGCAGACAAGUCACGGGCCCUCAAGCUCAGCAUUGCUACGCCGGGCCAAUUCGACUCUUUGCGUUUCGUCGACGAUCCGGAGUUCGCAAACCCCCUCCCUGAGAACUAUAUCGAGGUGGAGAUCAAAGCCACUGGUCUCAACUACAGAGACGUCCUUGCAGCCAAGGACGAGAUCCCGACAGAUGUGCUGGGCACCGAGGGAGCUGGAUUCGUAACGCGCGUCGGGUCCCAUGUCACCGACGUUGAGCUCGGCGAUCGAGUAAUCGUCCUCUCAGCCGAAUGCGGCACCUUCCAGACAUACUCCAGAACGCCGAGAGACGCCGCGAUCAAGAUUCCCGAAGGCAUGGAUUUCGACGUUGCAGCUGCACUGCCUGUUGCCUUUUCGUUGGCAUACUACGCCCUCGUGGAAGUGGGCCGCUUGAAAAAGGGAGAAACUUGCCUUAUCCACGCUGCGGCUGGCGGAGUCGGCCAAGCUGCAAUUCAGAUCGCAAAGUCGCAAGGGGCCGACAUAUUUGCGACGGUGUCUUCGGAAGAGAAGCGAGAUUUGCUGAUCAACGUGUAUGGCAUCCCCAAGGAUCAAAUUCUUUCCUCCCGAGACUUGUCCUUCGCCAAGGGAAUUGAGCGGUUAACCCACGGCCGCGGGGUUGACGUUAUUCUCAACAGCCUCUCUGGGGAGGCACUUCGGAGGUCCUGGGAUUGCAUUGCACCGUUCGGCCGCUUCGUCGAGAUCGGGAAUCGUGAUGUCUUUGCCAACGCCAACUUAAAUAUGGAGCCGUUCCGCCGAUCUGCCACCUUCGCGGCAGCCGAUCUGCACACCCUUGUCAAGCUGGAUCCCAAGACAACCGCUCGUGUGCUGACCCAUGUCAUUGAGCUCUGGCAACAAGGUGAGGUCAAAGCGGCAACGCCAACCACUGUGUACAACUACUCGCAGAUCGAAGAGGCCUUCAGCCUUCUUCAACAAGGAGGCCACGUUGGGAAGGUCGUCCUCACAGCAAACGAGGAUGAUGUGGUCAACGUCGUCCCCAAGGCGCGAACACCCACCAAGCUCAGAGAAGACGCCUCGUACAUUCUAAGCGGUGGUUUUGGUGGCUUGUGCAGAAGCGUCGCCAAAUCGAUGGCACUUCAAGGUGCACAGAACCUCAUUUUCUUGUCGAGGUCCGGGGCUUCGAGCGACGGUGCACAGGAGCUCGUCGAGGAUCUCAAGAGAAUGGGAAUUCGCUGCGAAGUCUUCGCGUGUGAUGUGAGUGACGAUGGCGCGCUGCUGGCUGCGUUGCGGUCCUGCGAGGAAUCUGGAAUGCCCAAGAUUGCCGGCGUCAUUCAGGGAGCUACGCAGAUCAAGGACUCUCCAUUCGAGUCGAUGUCUCUCGAAGACUACAAGGCUGCACUAGCGCCCAAGGUCCGCGGAUCGUGGAAUCUGCACGAGUAUCUUCCCAAGGAUCUCGACUUCUUCAUCAUGCUCUCCAGCAGCAACGCUGUCAUGGGCGCCAAGAACCAAGCCAACCACGCCUCUGCCAACGCCUAUCAGGAUGCGCUUGCUCACUACCGUCGUGCUCGUGGCCUCCCUGCUACGACACUUGACUUGGGCAACGUGUUUUCUGUGGGCUCAACUGCCACUAACCGCGAGACCCUGAACCCCAGCCCGCUGUUCUUCUUCGAGGAUGACGACAACGGCAUUCAAGAGCAGCAAUUCAUCGCCCUCAUCGAGUACCAUAUCGACAAGCAACGUGCCACUGCACCGAUCGCAGAGCCGCAGAUAGCUGUAGGCUUGCCCUGUGCGGCAGACUUCCGGAGCAGAAGCGUGCCCGAGCCAGCCUUCUUGAGAACGCCGUUGUUCAUGCAUCUGCGCUCGGGUGCCGCGACGGGCAUCACUACAAUCAAUGCAGACAAUGGUAGUGACCGCCUGUCAGUGAGGACCAACUCGACAAGAGCGACGAUGAGGAGACGGAGGCCCACGGUGUCGAGGAAGAAUACGGGUGCGGAUGGUGAUGAAGACGACAAGAUGUCAAUCCGAAGUGCAUCUACUUGGAAGAGUUCCACUACGUGGAGGAGCUCAUGGGGAAGACGAAGGCCUGGGACGAGGAGGACCGUGUCAGGGGGUCUGUAA